AGAGAAGUUGUGAUAACAACCAUUCCAGGAAAGCAGAAGUGGCCGUGUGUCCCAAUGUCCUGUCCCACCCCACAGACAUAAAAGCAGCGGGUGCCUGACCUGGGGAGGUCCUGCCAGCACAGCCCUUGCCUGACAGACAGACUGACCUGGGGACACCCCUGGGACGUGGGUCACUCAUUCGGAGACAUGUCAGCCACCCUGCACCUGGGAGCCGGCUGCAGUGGGAUGACCAGGGGGUCCCUGCUGUCCCCACUCCUGCUGGGCUGCCUGCUCCUCGCUGCAGCGCUGCCAGGUGCCCUGGCUGCCCGCCCCGGCUCUGCCCCCGCACGGAAGGGGGCCGCCAGCUGCCCCCUCAACUGGCUGUACCACCGCGGCUUCUGCUACGGGUACUUCGUCCAGAGGAAGACCUGGGCCGACGCCGAGGCGGAAUGCAAGCGCUACGGCCCCAAGGGGCACCUGGCCUCCAUCCACAGCCAAGGGACCACCAGGGUCCUCGCCCAGUACGUCUCCAGCCAAAAGGACAGUCAAAACGUGUGGCUCGGGCUGCACGACGAGGAGCACAACCGCGGCUGGAAGUGGACGGACCAGUCCACCCUCGACUACACCAGCUGGGCGCGGGGACAGCCCAACAACCUGUGGAACAGGGAGGACUGCGUGGUGCUGGACAGCCUCUCGGGUUUCAAGCUCUGGCAUGACUACCCCUGCAACGACAGGUUCCCCUUCCUGUGCCAGCACGAGCUCUGAGGGGCGGCCGGACCCCCGGCACCGGGGAGGUCUCCGCGCCCCUCCCUGUGGGCCCCCCAGUCUGUCCCCAGAAAUAAACCUUGGCUUGAGCAC